AUGAUAUGUCAACAUUGCUGCUUUGAAAAGGGCCUGUUGCAACGCAGACGCAGUUUGUUUGGAGAAAAAGUGUCUGUCAUUGUGUGAAAAAUGUCUAAAGUCCAAAUGCUGAGAGCUUUUGUCAACCAGCGACUAACUGCGGCUGCUGAAGAGAUAUUUGAGCUGUUUGAAAGAACGAUAGCAGAGUACGAGGAGGAACUUGGUCGUUCAAAAGAGGAGAACGAGCGACAACAGAAACUACUGGACGCUGUUUUUAACCCUCAGCUUCGGUUACAAAGAGCAGACAUCCAGCAGCUGUUGGUGGUUAAGAAAGAGGUUCCCUCUGAGCAGCAAGAGUGGAGCUCCAGUCUGGACCAGGAGGACCCAGAGCCCCCAAACAUUAAAGAGGAACUCUGGACCAGUCAGGAGAGAGAUGAGCUUCAAGGGCUGGAGGAGGCUGAUAACAAGAUCCUGUUCCCUCUGAAGAGUGAAGAAGAUGAUGGAGAGAAAACUCAGUCCUCACAGCUUUACGAAAGCCAAACUGAGGAGAACAGAGAGGCAGAGAGAACAGAAGCUGAUGGAGACGAAUGGCGAGGACUAGAACCAGCCAGGUACUCGGAUCCAGAUAGUCCUUUACAACCAGCUACUCAUGACAAGACUUCAGACUCCUCUGAACCUGAGACUGAUGACAGUGGUGACUGGGAGGAGACUAGGGAACCUCAGUCAGGUUUAAACUCUCUGCAAAACAAUGAAGAACCUGGAAGUGAUGUUGAAUGCAAUACUGGAAAAACAUCAGUUAGCUCCUCUGGAUGUGCUGGAAGCUUUGACCACGAGGAACAUCUGCAGAAACCCACUGGAGUCCAAAAAAAGAGGAAACCAUAUUGUUGCUCUGUUUGUGGUAAAGGAUACACUCGGAAGAAGGCCUUAUGUAGUCACAUGAGACUUCAUUCAGAAGGGAAAGGUUUCCCCUGCUCAGUUUGUAAAGCAAUUUUCAAGACGCCUAGCAAUUUGACCAUACACAUGAGAAUCCACACAGGGGAGAAACCAUUUAGCUGUUCAGUUUGUGGUAAAAGAUUUGCACAAAAGGGAUGUCUUAAACCACACAUGAAUGUCCACACACGGGACAAACCAUUUAGUUGUUCAGUUUGUGGUAAAGGAUUCUCUCUGAAUAAGACUUUAACGACCCACAUGAGACUUCAUUAAGAAAAUGUCUCACCUGCUCAGUUUGUAAAAUAGUCUUCAGUAGCAACAGCAUUUGGUUAAUCGCAUGAAAGUUCACACAAAAAAAUCCUAACCAUGAUUAUUUAACACAA